AUCCGUUCGUAUAUCUAGCCACAUCCAACAUAACCACAAAAACAUAACCUAGCGAAUGAGCUUGGAAUACGAUUUACCUAGGAUAUUAUUUGCCAGUUUGAUAUUAAAAUGGAAUAUAAUCAAAAAGCGAGGGGACAGAAGCACCAUAAAAAUAAGGCCCGCUAUAAACCAAAACAUGAGGGUAAGAAAAAAGGGAAUGAUCAGGAAAAUCAAGUAGCAAGGCGAUCACUAGAACCCAAAAAAGACAAAUCUGAAUUCAGUUACACGAGUAGUGAUGACUUUGAGGAUGACGAGCUUAUAUCAGAAACUGAAGCUGUUGCAUUAAACGAUUUCACUUUACUAGCAGAAGCUCCGAUAUCGGUUGGAGGCCAUUUUCAAUUUAAACGUGAUCGGAAUAUGGAAGCAGGAUGUGAUUUUAAAAGCUUAAGCGAAAAUGAUUUGUUUUCUUUAGAUUUAAAUGUUUUGCAAUACAGUUUAGGUUGCGUACCUUUUUAUGAAAGAUGUGGUAUUAGCAAAGAUCAUUUUACUGAAAGUGAAAUAGAAGCAAUGGAUGCAAGGGCCCAUUCUAACAAAGUUCAAUAUGAAAGUUAUUUAAAAUUGAGUGCAAUCAUUAAGAAAGAUUCUGGCAGCAGUAGUGGAGAUUUUCAUAUUUCUCAAAGUACAAAUGAUACUGAUAACAAAAUCACUGAUAUUAGCACUAGAGAACCACACUCGGCUUGUGAGGAAUCUACACAUAGUGCUUUGGGUUCUUCCAAAUUGGAUGUGGAUGUGAAUAAGGUUGAAUUAGAAGAUUGGUUGGAUGAUAUACUUGGUAAUUAAGAAAAACAUGCACUUUGAGACUAUUUUUUUUACAGUUGUUAAUAAAAAUUGUUUAUAUUC